UCAGCAGCGGGUUUUGAAGGGGAAUGCGUUAAUUUUCCCAGGUUGUUAGGGCACAGAAGCCAGGUGAUACUCCUCCUGCUUGUCUCUUACUUCCAUGGCUCUUCCCCAUACCUUCUCUCUCCGAGACGCCUCACUUCUCAGCGGCAUAGAGCCUCUUCCGCUCUCCUCUCCCACAUCUCCCCGCCAGGGCUCCUCUCUCGCUCCUUCUCCCCCACCGGUCCUCUUCUCCACGUCCCCUUCCACUGUGAGGCGCGCGGCCACCUCCAGGGUGACCACCCAGCUCUACGCUUCCCUGAGGAGGAGCCGAGAGUCGGAAGGCGAGGAGUUUGAGGAGAUACCCGAGGGCACUGAAACGGUAGAAGAACUGCUGGCCAAAGCUGAUGACAUGGCGUCUGAGGUGGACGAUCUAGCAGAAGAAACGUCAACGAGGCUGCAAGAAGCCAGAAAGGAGGAGUCCCCGUACAUUUCGCAGAUGGAGUCACUGAGAGGGCAUCUGCAGAACAUGCUGGGUUUCAGCAGGAUUGGAAUUUCACACGGCAUGUCCGUCGAUAAACGAGAAGAAGAUGCAAGUGACUGCACGAGUUCCCUUCUGAACAUCCGUCCUGCGCACAAUGUCUCCCCUCCGCUGUCUCUCUCCGGCCUGGAGGCGCUUUUCCCUCACUACUCGACUUUAUACAACGCGGCCCCCUCCCUGCCUGACCUGCAGCUGAGAGACACUCUAGAGAGAGAGACCACCCGGCGCAAGCACCUGGAGCGGCACAUUCAGAACCUGCAGAACGAAAUGCUGGAGCUGCAGCAGAGGCUGAGCGUGUCCAUGACGGCCGACCGCAGGAAGGACACCAUGAUACAGCAGCUGGACCAGACGCUGGCGGUGGUGGUCGGUGGCUGGAAGCAGCAGGAGAAGCAGAAGGAGGAGGCGAUGGCGCGGCUACGCGAGCAGAGGGAGGAAGCGGAGAAGGCCAGACUGACGGAGCAGGAGACACUGAUCCAGCUCCAGCGGGAACUGUCCCAGGCGUCAGGAGCUCUGAGCAGAGAGAAGGAGAUGACGGCAGAACAGCAGAGGCAACUCCAGAUCCUGCUUGAGGAGAAGACGGCUCUGGCCGGCGAGCUCCAGGCAGAGAGGGAGAGUGCCGAAGCGAGACACGCGGAGGAUCGGAUAGAGCUGGAGAGCCUGAGGUCUCAGAUGCAGGAGAGACAGAAAGAAUCGGAGGAGAGGGAGAGAGCGCUGCAGGAGGAGUGUGAGAAGUGGCAGGAGGAAAAGAGGAGGGAGGUGGAAAGCGAGAGGGCUCUGGUACAGCAGGAGUCUCAGAAGUCUCAGCAGCUGCAGCUGACUCUCGGCUCCUUGCAGAGCGAAGUCCUCCAGCUGGAACGAGAGCUCCAGGCCUCGCGCAGGGAGAGGGACUCUCUACAGAUGGAACUCAACCUGGAGAAGGCUCGCAACGAGUCAGAAAGAGUGAGGAUCGAGAGCGAGCAUAAGGUCCGUUUAGAAGAGGCCAUAACAGAGCGAGUGAGUGCGGUCCACGAAGAGAGCGCGCAGCACAUGAGUGCCGUCAGAGAUCAGCACAGGCGGCAGUUGUUGGACCUCACAUCUCAGCACGAGAGAGAGUUGUCCAGCCAGCUUUCGCAGUUUAAAUCCGAGCUGCAGGAGCGGGAGAGACGGCACAGAGACAUCCUCAUGGACUAUGAGCUGAAGCUGUCUCACUCCGAGGAUCGGUCUCGGGAGCUGUCUGUGACUCUCCGCCGCCUAGAGAGCGAGCGAGCUGAGAUGCUGACACAGCUGCAGGAAGUUAUGAAGAGCCACUGGAGUCAGGCCUUACGAGUUCUCAACGCCAAGAGUUUUCCAGACACCUCAGCUGCGUCUCUCCAAACAACCGAGCAAAGAGCUUCUGAAAAGGAACGCUGCGUGUUCCCACCACAAGAGUGUGGCCACCAAGAGGAGAUGAGGGAGAAAGAUGUCCACGGCGUGGAGACGAUCUGUCAUUUCACAGAUGGCACCGGCCAGCUCGGGGAGAGCGCUAGUUCACGCGUAAUGCACGGCAACCAGCUCCAAAGCAGCAACCGCCAGCACAUGCUAGAUGGUGGCCACCUUGAGCAAAGUAGAAACCAGGUUUUGAAGGAAAACCAUGACAACCAGCAGACUGUUGUCAGCUCCCAGAUAAAUGACAGCCUUAGCUUACACCUAGGUGAGCGCAGCCCACUCAUGGAAAGUAAAAGCCAACAUUUGGUUCCCAGUAGCCACCUGAAGGAGACGAGUUUCCAGUUCAUGGGAGAUGGCGGCCUCCUCGGUAAUCGGUCUAUGUUGGGCAGCAGUGGAAGCGGCCAACAAGUGAUUUUCAGGAGCCAGCCUCCUGUCGAUUCUAUGCUUUUCAAGGAUAAUAUGAGCCAGAUCUCAGUUGGUGAUGGCAGAACAAUGACAUCUAGAGAUACCAGUAGCCAAAGUAUAAGCAGUAGCCAUUUCAAGGAGCCCUGUAGCCAGUCCAUGACAGACGGUAGGCAGCCAAUGGUAACUGGAGACAUUUUUGGUAAUAACUUGUUAAAGAGGGAACUGAUCCAUCCAACGCACCCUACUGAAGGCAGUGACGUUGAAUCGUCGGCCGGUAGACACUUCAUGAAUUACAGUGGCCUGUCCAUGGCAAGUGGAAGCCACAUCAGUAACCAGCCAGCAAUAGCUGCAAACACCAGUGGCCAAGCUUCUGUCAGCGGUAGCCGCACGAAGGAGAAUGAUGACCAGUCAUCGAUGACCAGUAGCUUCUUAAAUAAGAUGAGCCACAUAAGAAACUUUGGUCCUCAAAUUGACGUCGGCUUUAGGCAGGCUCCGCGACACAAUCCGCAGCCCGUUUCAAAGGAGCCUCGGCAAGACCUCAGCUGGCAGCCAAGGAAUCCUGGUGGCUACCAAGAGGGUCCAAGCCACCUACUAAGCCACAGGGCAACAGACCAAGAGGAAAGCUUCUAUCCCUUGCAGAUGGAGGAGCUUAGCGAGAGUUUUAGUAGCCACUUUGGCUUCUACCCCCUGGAACCACAUCCAGAUGGAUCGACUACUGGGAAGGGCUCCCAAAUCUCGCCUGAGCGCCCCUUCCAGGAGGAGGCCUUGCAGAACUUCAGGAGGUCGGACGCCGAGACAGCCCAGAGCGCGAGAGCCGGGGGCGAGCAAGGCGCCUCCAAUCCCCUUCUCCAGUACUACAUCCGUAUGUUACUCGAUCGAACGCCGGGGGAGGCCUUCAGCGAAGACCUGGAAAAAGACGGCUCCUCGAAUACGAAUCCAGACAUGGCUGAGAUGUCCCAGUACGCGGAGAGCAGAGCCGGCCAGCCCCAAAGGUCUGACGAGAAGGAGAAGGGAAGUCUCAGGAGAAAGCCGGAUACGAGAGUGCCAAGCGCGGUAACAAAAGAGGUGCUCUCUUCCCAGCGUCGCCCGGCACAAACAAAGGUCCUGAAGAGGGUGCCUGCGCGCGGAGGGCGUUCUGGCGUCUGGAGAUAGACCUUUAUUUGGAUCCACGCAAUAAAAAAUGGUUUCUGUGCGUAGAGUCUGGGUUAGGAGACUGUGCCUUACGAAGGACGGCUUGAAUUCAUAAUGGGUGAAGA